UUUUAUUUUGAUUGUGUUUUGAAAGCUUAUGCAGAGAAUUUAUAUUUCUGAGUUACGCGAUGAUUUUAUAGAAUAACUAAAUAUUUUCAUUAGUUAAUAUAGCAACAGUUUACAGUUAGAUACUGAAGAUCCAGAUAAUCAAAAUGAAGAUUGCUUCUAUGGGGGCUGAUACAUUAUUUCAAGAAUAUACUAUUAAAGAAAUACAAGAAAUACAAAAAAAAUUAAAAAAUGAAAUUGAAAAGAAAAAAGAAGAGUUGCGUCAGAUGGUUGGUGAAAGAUAUAGAGAUUUAAUGGAAACUGCUGAUACAAUUACCGAUAUGAAAUCAAUAGCUGAAAAUGUUACAAAACACAUUAGUAGUAUGCAGGAGCAUUGUAUGCAAUUUCAACAAUGUAAUAUUCAAUCUGGAAUAAAAAAAAUAGCUGCAGAAAAAACCAUAGAAAGAAAACAAAAAUUUGCAGUUACUUAUUCUAUUGCUGCUCAGACUAAAAUCCUCAUGGACAUUCCAACAAAGAUUUGGUCAUACAUGGAAGAUAAAAAUUACUUGAAUUGUGCUCUUCUUUAUUUAUUAGCAUGUCACACGCAUGCUUCUUUACUGUUAGAUCCUAGCCAUAAACUUGAUGAUUCUUCUUUAAAUUCUAAAUUUCCAAUAAUUAAUGAUCAAUGGAUGGCAAUUACUUCAUUUCAUAAUGUAAUUAUUCAAAAUUGCCAAAAUAGUAUGGAAACAGAAGAUGUCAUAGAUGGAAUGACAGAGCACUUCUGUUGUAUUAUGCUAAUGACUGAUGUAAUGACAAGCGACAUCUUCAAUAUGUUUCUUGAACGACGUCUAACAGCUAUUGAAAAAUUGUUCCAAAUUCAAGAUCAAGAAAUAACAACUAAGACACAAGCUUGUAAUUUAACUUCUCUUCUUACCAGUACACUUUAUCUGGCAAAUAAAAUAUUCUAUCCAUCUUACAUAAAUGAAUCUAAUUAUCAAGAAGGAAAAAUUAGUUUAUUAGUGAAAAAACUUCAUGCUAUUACAAACAAAAACAACUCUGGACCUCUGUCAUUGCUGGAUAUUGAAACAUGUUACAGUCUCAAAUAUUUACCUAUGUCAAUAACAGAAUUUAGACCAAGAUUGAAAACUACUCUAUCUGUUGCAACUGAAGAAGAGUUAAAAACUGUGUGUGAUGUAUGGAUUCAAAAAGCUAUUCAAGUUAUACAUUCUGGAUUGGAACAACAGUUACAAUAUAUUAGUACAAUUAAAGGACUUGCAACUAUUCAGGAAGCAGUAAUUGAACUGCUUGAAGAGAUAUCUGAAGAAUGGUCUGACACAUGUAAGCAUAUACUAAAUUCUUAUGUUGAUGUAUGGGAUACAUUUUUUAAACCUGUUUUUAUUAACAGAAUUAAGGCGAUUAUCUCUUCUCAUUUGAAAGAAGCUAUUAAUGUUUGCAUAAAUGAUAUUGAUAAAAUAUUAGAGGAUUUAAAAAGUACAAAGCCAGAACAAAUAGAAAUUCUUGAAAAUGAACUUAUCAGUUAUAUUUGGACCGAAUCACCGUUAGAUUUAAGCCCUGGGUUAGGAUGGUUGCCUCAUUCACAGAGACAGUUAUGGGAUGGUGGAAAUAUAGGAAUGAAAGCAAAAGGCUAUACACCAAAAGUUCAAAAAAUUUCUAAAGGAUUAGAUAAAAUGUUUGAAACAUUAGUAGAAGAUUUAUCCCAUUUUAGUUCUCAAAGUAGAAAGUAUGCUAAUAGCAAAAAACUAUUUACUCUAUCUAAAUCUAUAGCUAAAUUAGAUCUUGAAGACUCUCCAGAAGUUCAUUCACACUUGAUAACUGUAACAGCUAAUCAUAUUAAUUAUCUCUUAGCUCAUAUUAAGGAACUCAUUGACAAAAGAGAUUCAGAAGAUAAAAAUAUAAAACUUGGAUUGUUAUUUUUAGGUCAGUUUUGUUGUAGUUUAAUUGAUUUAUGCCAACAUAUUUGGUUAUGUUUAGCAUCAAAUAAUUCAUCUGUUGUUUCAUAUAAAACAAAAACUGGAAAUGAAAAGGAAGAAAAAUUAUGCUGGGAACGUGUAAAAGCUCUUAUAUCAGAUCAUAGUGAUAUAACUUACAAAACUUGGUGUAAAUAUGUUGUAAGAAAAGAAGUAAAUAAACUUAGAGAAAUAUUAAAUGAUUGUUCUCCAUCUUCAAUUCUUAAAUUUGUUGUGCAAUGGGAUAAAAUAGAAAUUAAAGAAGAAUCUGAAGAUGGAAAUGUUGUAAAAUCAACCAUUUCUAUUCCAGUACAAAUAUCUCCACAAUUACACUCUGUGCUAUACAAAUUAUGUUGCAGUAUUAAUAAAGCCGGUGGACAUGCUUUAAACAGAUCUGUAACUCAAGGUUUGGUCUCGGAAUUAUUUUGUUGUGUUUUACCAAUUUAUAAGAAGGCUGCUGAAAAAAAAUUAUCAGAUAAUCCUAAUCUUAUUCAAACAAGAGCAUUACAAAUGAUGUUUGAUAUCAAGUUUCUUGUUGGAUUGAUGGGACCGAAAGAAAAUUCCAAUCAUCCUAUCCAUAAAGACGUUGAUGAGAUAAUAACACAAUUGGAAAAUCAAAUAGAUCCUUUUGAUUUGAAUGUUUUUACUCCAUUACUUCAAACAAAUUUACGAAAAGUUGUUCAUCGAUCAAUGUUAUUAUUAGGUUUAUUAACUCCAAUUGAUAUAGUAGUGCCUAUGAGUGGUCCUCGAUCGUCCACCCAAUCAACCCAUUCGGAAUUACAUAAUUUGCUUCCGGUAUCAACCACAACUGGACGUUUUUCACUUCUUCCUAUUGUAACAAAAGUCCAGCAAUCCGUAUCAAUAGAAAAAGCAAGUGAGUUAUCACCUCUGAAAAGUAUCUGCAUGCAUAGCUCCAGUCCAAAUUUAUCUAACAGUACUAACAAUGUGCCAGUUACUAAAUCUGCAUCGUUUUAUGACCGUGUUACUGCUAUGAGUAGUAGUUGGUUUGGGGGGCAAUAAAUCUAAUUUUGUUAUUUAUAAAUAUUUGCAGUAUUAAGGCGAACUAAGGGAACUCUUAAAGAGAUCUUUGAUAUGGGAUGAACCAAAGAUUGGAAACAUGGAUUCUGAUAAAGGGCACUUUCUAAUGAUCCCAACAAUAAAAAAUCCAAAACAACGCAAUUGGAAAUAUUUACCCUUCAAGAUUGGUACCAAUCAGCCAUGGAGCAUUUUUAUGGUACUUAGCAUAUCUCUGCAAAUUGGAAAGAUCAAAAUUUUUUGUUUUAUGUGAGUGAUGACAGCCAUAUGAAUAAUUAACAGUCAAACCAACAUAAGAUUGGCAUGCUUGUUUUAGGAGUUAUAAGGUUGCUGAAGUAUGAAUCCAGGUGUACCAAAUCAAUUUUCACUCCUAAUUUAUGGAAAAGUUAUGCUAGGCCGAAUGUGACUAACACAUUGAAUUCACAACAAAAUGUUGUCCUAGGUCACCAAAUUUAAAAAUGUAUGCUUAGUUCAGUGAUGCACAAUAGGACAACAAAGUUGAUUAUUUGUAUGAUGUGUGCAUGGAGAAGAGUGGAGUGACCUCUAUAUCAAAGUCUCUAUUUCAGAAAUCACAAAACAUUCAGAUCUAAUAUUUUGUAGAUCAUAGUUCGAGACCAUAAGUUAUCUUACUGUGAAUUUUGAACAAACUUGGACAAGGGUUGAGUGCAGAGAUUUGUACUAUUGGCAUGGAAUGAUUCACUAAGAAAACCUUCAAUUUUUUUAAAAGUUAGUUUAGAAAGAAAAGAUGAUGUAAUAAGUUCUAUUAUAUUAAAACUUAAUUCAAGAUGACUAAAAAUGCAAAUACAUGUUUAUAUUUUUGUUAAAAUUAUGUGAAAUGUUACACUGGCUUUACAGCACUAUACCCAAUAAAGUUUAUUGGGCUUUCUUUUAAAAUCUGAUAUAUUAAUCUUUAUAGUA